AUGAGUGUGUUUGACGUCAAGGCGAGCAAAAGGCCAAGAAUGAAACGACUAAUGAAGUAUUUGAUAGUUCUUGGUAUGAUGGUUAUACUUUCCACAUUAUAUUUUACCGAUAUAGAUGAUGGAGUUAUAAAAAUGACCGAUGAAGAGCUUAUACGAUAUAGAUCAGUUAAACUGAUAAAGGAAGUGAAUAUGAGUGAACGUGAUCUUUCAACUAAUAUUGAUAGUGUAUUUCAAGUGGGAUGUAGAGAAAUUGAUUCUAGUCAACCAAGAGCAAAUGCAAGUCUUGUGAUGCUUGCAAGGAAUCAGGAGAUAGAUGAUGUGAUAAAGUCUAUGAUAUCAAUGGAAAGGCAUUUCAAUCAAUGGUUCAAUUAUCCAUGGGUUUUCCUUAAUGAUGUUCCCUUUGAGGAGUCGUUCAAAACUACGGUUCAACAAUAUACCAAAUCACUGGUUGAAUUUGGUACUAUACCUAAAGAACAGUGGGAAUUCCCUGAUGAUAUUGAUAAAGAUGAGUUUAAUGAAUUCACCAAUUAUCAAGGAGACAGAAGAAUUUUAUAUGGGAAUAAUCCCAGUUACCACAAAAUGUGCAGAUACUUCAGUAAUAUGUUCUUUCAACACCCUUUAGUUAAAAAAAGGGAAUGGUACUGGAGAGUUGAACCCAACGUUGAAUUUUUCUGUGAUUUGACCUAUGAUCCUUUUGUGGAGAUGGAGAAGCAUGGAAAAAAAUAUGGUUUCAAUGUUGCCAUCCAUGAAUUAUAUUAUACGGUACCAGGGUUAUUCCGUGAAACGAAAGCUUUUGUUAAAGAGAAGAACAUACAACCAACAAAAUUAUGGAGGAUGUUGGUGAAAAAUUUCAGAUACAGUGAAGGUGAGAAUGAUGCCCGUUAUGAUAUGAUCAAAAGUCCUCUAGAUAUACUACGAGAAAUCGAAUAUGAGGUCACCAUUAAUAAAUUAUUUAACACGAAACAAAAGGGCUUGGGUGAAGUUGAUCCUGAUUUAAUAGGCAGAAUGAUUGUUCAAGCAAGCGAAAAGCCGAUUUUACAUUUGGAUAGAUUUGAUUAUGAAGAAUAUAAUCUUUGUCAUUUCUGGUCAAAUUUUGAAAUAGCUAAAACAGAAAUUUUCACUUCUCCCUUAUAUCAAGAAUACUUCCAAAGACUCGACCAAAGUGGUGGAUUUUAUAGAGAACGAUGGGGAGAUGCUCCAGUACAUUCCCUCGCAGUUGCCAUGAUGUUAGAUGUGGAAGAUGUACAUUACUUCAGAGAUAUUGGAUAUAAACAUAGUACCAUAGGCCAUUGUCCUGCCAAUUCCAAGCUUGAUCAACUUCCUUACCAACCUAGUGAUGAUAAUGUAAAUAAUAAGAACUUCCAAUCAUAUAAACCCGAUAAAGGAGGAAUCAAUGGAGUAGGAUGCAGAUGUAAGUGUCCUUUAUGGCAUGAAGAAAUUGAAGAUCAAAGUCCCACAUGUAUAAGGCAAUGGCAUAGAGUAAGUAAGGACAAUUUCAAACCCUUGACACCCGUUAAUAUUGAUUUUUAUAGAGCUAAGAUAGAAAGACGGUUGAAUAAGUUUUUGAAAAGAGGGGGGAAACUUGGUGAGAAUCGGAUCGCUGAAGAUUUAAUACGGUAA